CCCAACCCAUAGAUUCUUUCUCCAUUUUAGUCAAAACAUUUGUUUCCUCUAUAUUCUCCUUGACAACUAGAUUUCUCCUCUUUCUGCAAAUCCAAUAUUUUUUUUAAUAGUUGGACUUUAUAGACCUCAAGCCUUGUCUCACACCAUCGACGUACCAUGGCUCGAGCCACGGUCCAAUGGCUAUGGACCUUGUUUAUUGUAGUGGCUAUGGGCAAUGGUGCUAAUGGUAAUAACAAUAUAGGGGUAAAUUGGGGAAACAUGGCAUCACAACCACUACCACCACCCAACGUGGUUGGCAUGUUGAAAGACAAUGGCCUAAACAAGGUGAAGCUUUUCGAUGCCGAUUCGUCUACCCUUAAUGCUUUGGCUGGGACUGGGAUUGAAGUCAUGGUUGCCAUCCCUAAUGACAUGCUUAGUCGAAUGAACACGUAUAGACAUGCUAAAGAUUGGGUUAAGAAGAAUGUUACCAAGCAUCUUUACAAUGGAGGAGUUAACAUAAGGUAUGUAGCUGUUGGCAAUGAGCCACUUUUAGCAAGUUACAAUGAUAGUUUCAAGCAAAUAACACUCCCAGCCCUACAAAACAUUGCGAAAGCCCUUGAAGGAGCAGGUCAUGGAGACAUUAAGGUCUCUGUUCCCCUCAAUGCAGACGUGUAUGAAUCAUCCUCAACUGUGCCUUCAAGUGGUGAUUUUCGAGGAGAUGUAAAGGAUCUCAUGCUAGACAUUGUGGCCUUCCUUAAGGAGAAGGGCUCGCCAUUUAUCGUCAACAUAUAUCCUUUCCUUAGUCUCUACCAAAACCCGAAUUUUCCCGAAGAUUUUGCUUUCUUUGAUGGAAAUGGUAAAAGUAUAACUGACAAUAGCCGCACUUACAAUAACGUUUUUGAUGCUAACUUUGACACGCUUGUUUGGGCAUUGAAGAAGAAUGGUUAUGGAGAUUUGAAGAUUGUUAUUGGGGAAAUUGGAUGGCCUACUGAUGGACAUAUCAAAGCUAAUAAUAAGUAUGCAAAGAAAUUCUAUGAUGGUUUGCUAAAGAAGUUGGCUGCUAAUAAGGGCACCCCUAUGCGCUCAGGGCCGUUAGAGGCUUACCUCUUUGGGUUGCUUGAUGAGAACACUAAAAGCAUAGACCCAGGCGACUUCGAGAGACAUUGGGGGAUAUUUCGUUAUGACGGGCAACCUAAGUUUCCGAUGGACCUUAACGGCAAGGACAAUACCAAGAAGUUGAUAGGUGCUAAGGGGGUGCAGUACAUGGAGUCUAAAUGGUGCAUCUUCAACACAAAUGCAACAAACCAAGAUAACAUAUCAGCGUCUGUAGACUAUGCAUGCUCAAUGUCGGAUUGCACUUCUCUAGGUUACGGUUCCUCGUGCAAUGACCUUGAUGUUAAUGGUAACAUCUCAUAUGCCUACAAUAUGUACUUCCAGAUGAAUGAACAGAGUGUUGAAGCUUGCGAUUUCGACGGCCUUGCUACCAUCACCUCCAACAAUGCCUCCCAACCAGGGUGUCUAUUUCCUAUAGAGGUUGUGAGUUCUGCAAUAAAGCAUAACAUUGUUCCAACACAUGUUGUUCUUUUGAGUUUCAUGCUUAUGUUGUUGGUGUUGUUGUAAGGUAAAACGAGUUAGAGAUGGUCUUGAAUAUUGAGGUAAUUUUGUCUCAUCAUAUUUUCUUGUACAACUAAUUUGUCAUAUGUAUACAAAUUUGACAUGUUAAUUUGGUGCC